AAAGAAUAAGGCUGCACGGGAACCGAGGAAAAUGCUGAGACUGUGAUUACUCACCGUAAGAGAUGUACAGAUCAUGACAAAAGAGAAUUCUGGAACCAUGGCUGAAGAGAAAGGAAUGCUUCUUAAUAUAAACUCAACUCAGUCUCCAGUAACAACUUCUUCUUAUGAUCGUAUUUUGAAUCCUGUCUUGAUCACUAUCUACACAGUAGUGUUUAUUGGUGGCGUGUGUGGAGUCAUCAGGAUGUCCUCUUUGCUGAUGAAAAUGAAUGCAUUAUCAGUCACCACAACAGCAAUCAUAAACCUGGUGGCGAUCCACAGUCUCUUCCUUGUGACUGUACCAUUUCGACUCUAUUACUACAGCACAGGCAACUGGAUCUUUCAAAUAUUCUUUUGUAAACUUGUGAGCAUAAUGGUACACUUGCACAUGUACCUCACCUUUCUUUUCUAUGUGAUUAUCCUGUUAACCAGGUGUCUUAUUUUCUUUAAGAAGAAGGAUAAGGUGGAAUUCUACAGAAAUUUGCAUGCAGUUGCUAUGAGCACAGCUGUGUGGUUUCUGACUCUUGUUGCUAUAGGACCUGUAAUGUAUUUAUGGUAUGGAAAAAGGGGGGAAUAUAGCAACAACAAAUGUUUUAUCUUUCACCAGGAAUUAGAGGUCAGCGCAGUGAAAGUAUUGAACUACAUUUUAAUUGUCAUCAUGAUUGUGAUAACAUGUGCCCUUUUGGGCUUACAAGUUUUCAUGCUUCAGAAGGUGGUGAAGAUGAUCUCAGGGUCCAUUUUCCUUCAUCAAGAGUUUCGGGCCCAGCUGAAAAGCCUUAUUUUUGUUUUAGUUUCCAUUUUUUGCUUCCUUCCUCAUCACUUAUUUCGGAUUUAUUAUAUUCAGCACUGGAACAAGAAACCGUAUUUGACUAUAUACAAUGAGGUCUUCUUGAGUAUAACUGCACUCAGCUGCCUUGAUUUGUUUUCAUUUGUGAUUGGGGAAAUGAAACUCUUAAGGCCAAAAAUCUGUUGUUAAUGCAUUAUGUAUUUGCCUUAAGAAAAAUGCCUAUAGACCAAUAAGGUCAGCUGAUCAGAGAAAAAGUAUAUGACUUUACAUUUCUCAAAACAAAAAUCUAGGUAAUAUAAAUAAUAUGCUGUGUGUUUUUAUGUAUAUGCAUCUGUGUGGAUACACACACACAUAUAUCUACACCCUGAAAGAAAUUGUAGAGAACUUCAACAGUAUGCCUAACUACAUCUUUGCAGCUUGGGUGAGUCUUUCCAGAUGUUGGACUGCAAACAACAUCAUCCCUCACAACAAGUUCUAGGGAUCCUUAUAGUUGCUCUCCAGUAACAUUCAGAGAGCUGAAUAUCCCCUAAAUCUAAUUUGCUUGUUUCAUGGCAAUUCAGCAGCUGUUUCAUAUUUACAUACUAUUGCUACCUUAAGAAAAAUAUACAGGAAAAAAAUCUGUCUACACUACAAUUGAUCUUAGCCAAAAGGCCAAGAAGCGAUAAAAAGGCUAAAAUCAAGUGUAGUGUAAAAAUCUGUCUAUAAUGAAGGGUUGGUAAAAGGAAAAAAAGGAAUAACAGUGACACAAAAACAUUAAAAGUUUUUGAUCUUUUAUA